GUGACACACCGGAUUUGCUGAAGCCAUUGCUUGAGUCCUUCCAAGCAGCUCGAACUGCCAUGCAGGAAGAGAUGGAAAAGGACCCUGUGCCAGAUGUCUCCUGCGACCAGAUUUUGGCGACAACCAAGUGGCUGAAGUCUGUUGUGCAAGCCAUGAACAAACACAACGAAGGCUUCUCAAGGUUGAGUUUGUCCACGCUGAACGACGACCAGUUGCAUCGAAACCAAGAGCUGGCCAGGGUGAUGCAGUUCGGCAUGGGCAGCCAAAGUCGGGAGAUCCGUGACAAUUUGUCCAACUUCAGCAAGUUCCUCGAGCAUUUCAGCCAAGCCAAGUGGUUGGGGGAUCUUAUCGCCCCCGAGUUCGAGGAACAGAAGAAGCUCGCUGUGAAGAUCUUGGCAGAUGGUCUCGAAUAUUGUGGGCGUUGCGGACGCACCGCUCGCAAGCCAAGUGGGUUCUGCAGCUGCGGAUACUGCUGCCACGGCCGACCUGCACCAUGUCCGGACGGUUGCUCCACCGUCGGUGCCAAGACCAUCAGCAUCUCAGCCAGAAACGCAGCUUCCAUCUACGCAGGCGUGCCCUGUGGUAACAGCAGCUUGGCCAAGUUGGAGGGCUUGGUGAAGAUGUUUCAGAAAGCAGAAGUUGCCUUGCGCAUGGAUGUCGAAGCACGGAAAACGGCGGAAAAGGAAUUAAAGAAAAAGAUGAAGACUCUCAAGGAUUUUGCAGAGUCUGUCCACGAGGUCCCCCAGGUUUUGCGACGCUUCCUCCUGAUCCGUGCGGGAUCCAUUGAAGACAUUACUCAGCUGAAAGCUUGGGCAUCGGCCUCAGUCGGGAAAGAAGAGGCGGACGAAGUCCGGAAGAUGCUGGAGGCGUUCCGGGAUGACGUCAAUGAAGAGAAGGUCCUUCGUAGGCUGAGCCGGAAGCGCGCAGCCUCAGAAGGCUGGGCGCUGCGGCGACGUAGUUAUUUCUUUUCAAGGGACAGGUUCGUGGUCCUUCGUGCCUUCACCGACUCCACGGCGCUGAUGAAAGUUCUGUCGCAUGGCUUGGACGCACAGAAGUUCUUGCCUGCUGUGAGUCUCCCGUCCACAAGCGUCAGAGGCACAGCACACCUGGGCAGUUGUCCCUUUGCGCCAAAAGACAUGGCCACGACUGGCACUAUUGCAGGCGAUACACCGGAGCUGCUCAAGCCACUGCUUGAGUCUUUCCAAGAAGCUCGAUGUGCACUGCAGGAAGAGAUGGCUAAGGAUCCCGUGCCUGAGAUUUCCUGCGAUCAGAUCCUGUCCACCACAGAAUGGCUCAAGUCUGUUGUGAAUGCUCUGAACGAACAUAACGAGGGCUUCUCGAGGUUCCCCAGCUUCUUCUGGAGAGUCAUUCCGAAUGUGAUGCAGUUCGGCAUGGGCGCCCAAAGCAGGGAGAUCCGUGACAAUUUGUCCAACUUCAGCAAGUUCCUCGAGCAUUUCAGCCAAGCCAAGUGGCUGGGGUAUCUUAUCGCCCCCGAGUUUGAGGAACAGAAGAAGCUCGCUAUUAAGAUCCUCAAUGACCUGCAGACCGAAACGCGACUUGCAUUGCCAGGCUGUGGCAAGCCAACAAUGUGCAACCAAUGUGGGCAGAUGACUACCAAGACCAAAGGGUUUUGCGAUGGAUGCAAGUAUUGCCAGCAUGGUUACACAGAGGCCCAGUAUGCGAAUGGCUGUCCCUGUGGGUGCGCAUCACAGCAGCCGCAGCAGCAGCAGCAAGCCCGCCAGUACUGCGGCAACUGUGGUCGACAUCGUAUGGUGGUGCCAGGUGGAUUUUGCGCUAACUGUGCGAGGUGCUCCCAUGGCUACUCUGGAACCUGUCAGUACGGUUGCUCGAAUGUCAAGGAUGCCAAUAUCAUCAGCAUCCAGCCCAAGAACGCAUCUUCCGUGUUUGAAGGCCUAGCAAGCGGUCCCAGCAGCUUGGACAAGUUGGAAGGCUUGGUGAAAAUGUCUGAGGCAUUGCUCGGUGCCUUUCGCCAGGAUGUUGAAGCGCGAAAGACGGCGGAGAAGGACUUGGAAAACAAGAUGGAACUGCUCAAGGAUUUUGCUGAGUCAGUGAACGAAGUCCCCCAGGUUCUCCGGCGUUUCUUGCUAAUACGUGCGGGGUCCAUCAGUGACAUCUUUGAGUUGAAAGCCUGGGUGAGUCAGGAAGAGGCUGACCGAGUCCACAAGAUGCUGGAGGAGUUCCGCGAUGAGGUGAAUGAGGAGAAGGUCCUCCGGCGGCUCAACAUGAAGCGGGCAGCUUCAGAAGGCUGGGUCUUCUGUCGUAGCGUCAGCUUUUUGGUUUCUUCCUUGGAAGCUUGGCAAACCAUUGAACUUCUGAAAAUGCUCGUGGUCCUGCGUGUCCGCGGCAACUCCGCGGUAUUCUUGAAAGCAGAGAUCAGUGUAGACAUCAGCGAUUCACCGGAUUUGCUGAAGCCGUUGCUGGAGUCUUUCCAAGCGGCUCGAACUGCGAUGCAAAAAGAGAUGGAAAAGGACCCAGUGCCUGAAGUUUCCUGUGAUCAGAUCGCGUCCACGACAAAGUGGCUGAAUUCCGUGGUGCAAGCCAUGAACGAAUACAACAAGGGAUUCUCGAGGUUGACUUUGCCGACUUUGAGCGACGACCAGUUGCAUCAGAACCAAGCGCUGGCGCGGGAAUCCUUACGCCAACUGACCUUGCUCUUUGCGGACAAGUCGCAGAACUUCACCACAACAUCCCAGAGUCAGGUCAUGAAGUUCAGCAUGGGCACCCAAAGCCAGGGAAUCCGUGACAAUUUGUCAAAGUUCAGUCGAUUCCUGGAGCAUUUCAGCCAGGCCAAGUGGCUCGGGGAUCUCAUCGCACCGGAGUUCAAGAAGCAGAAGGACUCUGCUAUGAAGAUCCUGACUCACCUCCAGACAGGUGGCUUUUGCGGUGGGUGUUUACGCUGCUGCCAUGGUUGCCGUGCCCCAUGUCCCAAGGGUACCUCCCAAGCCACCAUCUCUCCCAAGACAGCAUAUUCUUUAUGUGAAGACCUACCAAGUGGCAGCAGCAGCUUGGAGACGUUGGAGGGCUUGGCGAAGAUGUCCAAGGCGUUGGCAACUGCUUUCCGCCAAGAUGUGGCAGUGCGGAAGGCUGCAGAGAAGGAGCUGGAGAAGAAGAUGGACCUGCUAAAGGAUUUUGCUGAAUCUGUCAACGAGGUUCCCCAGGUUCUCCGGCGCUUCCUUCUCAUUCGCGCGGGGUCCAUCGACGACAUUGAACAGUUGAAAGCUUGGGCGGGGGGGCUCAGAGUGAGCCAAGAAGAGGCAGACAAAGUUCAUAAGAUGCUUGAGGAGUUCCGUGAUGAGGUGAAUGAGGAGAAGGUCCUGCGCCGUCUGAAAAAGAAGGGUACAGCCUCAGAAGGUUCCUGGUCCUAUUUGUCUGGAGCCUUUCAGUCGCGCUCCUGA